AGGUUCUCAGCAUUGCACCCCCACGUCGGAAGUAUCUUGGCAGCUCACCAGAGGUAACCCUAUGUCAAAAUUUUCUCCGUCUCACCCCACACAACGUGGAUUGUUUUUCUCCAGGAUUAUGCAUGGAAUGAUUGACAAGACUUUGCGGGGUAGGAUAUAGUCGCAAGUUUUAACCUUCUAUUAGGUUAUUACCUCAUUCAGUCUAUCUUUUUUCUGCUUCGCCUUACUUGGCAGGACCGGUAUCGUAGGACGCCUGCCGCUAUGCAGCUACUAAUGCCUAUCGGUCCGGGUGGCGGUUAACCUUGGUCCUAUAAAAGAUCCGGGGCCUCUCCCCGUCUAGAUAUUGACUUCUAGGCCCUUUUACCGUUCGUCCCCACUCAAUCCUCCCACAAUGUUUGGCAAGGAGAAGAACAACGAGAAGAAAGAUGUCCUCGAGGUUGAAUGCAUAGAUGAGAAGGCCGUUCCAACUCAUGGCAGCCAUCAACCUACAAUGCCCGCCUCACUGGCGGCUCUGUCGGAAUCAGAAUACCACAGGGUCGGCCGUAAGGCCAUCCUUAAGUUGGAUUCCCGUGUGAUGCCCUGCCUGGUUAUUAUGUUCAUCAUGAACUUUUUGGACCGGCAGAAUAUCGCUUCGGCUAAGUUGGCAGGUGUCGAGGAAGAUUUGGGAAUGAACGACGUCCAGUACCAGACAAGCAUCAGUAUCUUGUUUAUCGGCUACAUCCUGAUGCAAGUCCCUUCCAACAUCGUUGUUGGGAAGAUUCGGAUGCCUGGGACCUACAUCUGUGCCUCGAUGGCGUUGUGGGGCGCCAUCUCGGCCUGUAUGGCUUCGGUCCACAAUUAUUCGGGCAUCUUGGUUUGCCGAUUCUUUCUGGGAUUUGUCGAGGCCAUCUUCUUCCCCGGUGCGCUGUUCUACCUAUCACUCUUCUACAACAGAAAGCAAUAUGCUCUACGAACAGCGAUAUUGUACUCCGGAUCUCAGAUAGGAAACGCAAUCGGAGGGAUUUUUGCGAUCGGCAUUCUCGAAUUAGAUGGAUCGCAUGGAUUGGAGGGUUGGCGAUGGCUCUUUCUCGUCGAGGGGGUCAUUACUGUGGGCUUGGCUAUUAUCCUCGCUUUCAUUCUGCCCAAUUCUCUCAAGACCUUGCUGGGCUUCACGGAGGUUGAGAAGGAGUACCUGCAAUGGAAUUUCGAAUCGGAUCAAGGGCAACAGGACAAUGCCGAUGAGGUCAGCGCGUGGAAGGGCGUCAUGAUGGCCGUGACGGACCCCAAGACGUGGCUCCUUAUGGCGACUCUGUAUUGUAUCUACAUCUGCUCUGCUGUCACCAACUUCUUCCCCUCUGUAGUCGCUACAUUGGGUUACUCGAGAAAUACCACAUACGGACUUACAGCACCCCCCUACAUACUCUCAGUAGUCGCCAUGAUUACCAAUGGAUUCCAUUCUGAUAAGAAACAAGAGCGGUAUUUACAUAUCGUGUGUCCAAUGGCAGUCUGUCUGGUGGCCAAUAUUAUUGCCGUAUCUUCACUAAACACAGCGGCGCGAUAUGUCGCGAUGAUGCUCAUGCCGGGAUCAUUUUACUCGGCCUCGACCAUCCUCAUGUCAUGGGUUGCCGGUUCAGUCUCGCAGCCCGCGAUCAAACGUGCUUCCGCCAUUGCGCUGAUCAAUGCCAUCUGCAAUACCCCCAACGUCUGGACAUCCUAUCUGUACUUCUCAGCGCCUCGAUAUCUCGUUGCGUUUUUGGUUAACCUUGCCGCGGCCGCUGGAGCCAUUGUGCUAGCUACAGUUACGAAAAUGUACCUCCGUCGACAGAAUCACAAAUUGGCCAACGGAAUGGAUACUGGUCGGAGUGGGCCAACGGAGGCGCAGAAGGUGGCCGGGUUUAGAUAUACUUUGUAAACAUCUUCCCAUCGCACAGCCUUGCUCCUUUCACUCGAAUUACAACACAAGCCAUAUAUAGAAUAGAUUUGCUCCUAUCGUAAUAAUACAGAAAUGGAUGAUGGGUAGAUUCCCUACAAAAGUCUACUUAAUGGACUUAUAUUACCCAAUGAACGUGAAA